AUGACUAUCCUUGGCCAGAAGUACGACCUCUGCACCGGUGAAAGUGAAAAUGACUCCUUAUCAUACUUUGACCUGUCAAUGGGAAAGGAAGACCUGCACCUUCUUGUAAAUGUAAUGAGGUAUCCUGUAAAUCCUUUGGGAAAAGUGGCACCAGUCCUUGCCGGUGAGAGCCAGAGGACAAAUGCCUUCAUGUGGACACUGAACAUUUGUGCAAGGUUACUUAAAUGGUGGACUAACUGGAGCUAUGAAAUGAAAAGAUUUGUCCUGCAACUGCGAUAUGAACAGCUCUCUGAUCGAGUGAAUCAUCCUAAAUCCGGUGGGUGUUCCAGGCUCAGCAACGACCUAAUUCUUGACCAACAGUGUCCUAGACUGAAAAGGUCGUUAGUGAUUUAUAAAUUUAUGAACUUAUUAGUUGAUCAAUUGUGUAUGGGCCAGAUAAGGUACCUUGUGACCAAGAAUGGUAGUCAUUACGUAGGGGAGUACUAUAAAGUCAAACUGCUCAGUACACUCAUAAAUGUCAUUUUGGUGCCUUAUGGUAACCAAGUCUAA